UAUUCAUGAUCUGAGAAAUGAGAGCGUAGAAUAAUUGCUGCAUUCAAUUCGCAUCAUUUCACGGUCUCCCUGAGCCUUUAUCAACUAUUUUUACACCCUCCACUUCAUCUCCCUCUCUUAUAUAACCUCUUGCAACUCUUGAGUGAAGUUAGCUAACAACGACAUUGAUUUAAUGGGAGGGUCUCAAGCUAAACAAAGAGGUACCCACGUUAAGGACCGCGAGGUAGAAGCUCUGAGGGAAAAGCUGAAACUGCAGAAAGAGGACAUGGAGGAGAUAAUGAGCAUGAGGGAAAUGGAGAGUCAGAGCUAUGAGCAAGAAAAGAUGGUUUUCGUGAUCAAGGAGGCGGAGUGGAAGAUGGAGAGGAAGCGAUUGAGGGAUCAAGUGAAGGAGUUUUCGAGGAAAUUGGAGGAGAAGGAAGUGAAGAUCAGAGGGCUUAUGGUAGAUGAGGAGCUGGUGGGGGAUGAAUGUGAGUAUGAGAGGAAAAUGCAGGGGAAUAGGAAUUAUCUCAUGGAAUGCAUGAGGGAGGAGAGAUCGCGACGAGACGAGGCGGUUGAUAAGUGGAAGAAGCUUUAUUUGGCCAUCAGGACUGAGCUGGAUCAUGUUAUUAAGAUGACACAUCAAGAAGAGCGGAUGACUUGGAGACUAGGCGAGGCAAAUUUGAUAAACGAGAUGUACAGGGAGCUGGAGGCCAAGGAAGAUACCAUCGAAGCGUUGAGGGAACAGUUAGCUUCACAGGAGAAGGAAAAAAGCAGGAUGGAGAGAGAGGCGGAUAUACUAAGGCAGAGCAUGCGAAUAAUGACCCACAGGAAGGGUAAGCGCAGUGCCAAGUGUUCCAAAAAGUCCCUCGCAAAACAGAAAUGAGGUUCCGAUCAGAUGUCACACAGACUAUCACUACGAGAGACAGGCCAUUAUCGAUCGAAAACCGUGCGACACUGGAUCGGAUGUCACACAGACUAUCACUACAAUCACUACAAGAAACAGGCCAUUAUCGAUAAAAAAAACCGUCCUAGCAACAUUGUGGCUCGACUUAAAGGGCAUAAGCGACCAAUUAACAACGAUUGUGACAGAUUGUGUGGAGAUCAGUAAUGACGGCAUUACCGACUAAUGAUGAUCAGUUCCAACCGUUUUCCAUGGUUGCUUUGAGGCCUUAUUCUGGUUGUGAAUACUACCUAUGUUGCAAUAAUUCUUCAAUAAUCCAGAAAAAGAUUCAUAUACUUGUAAUGUAUCAUGUGUGAAAGUGAAGCAGCACAGAUUUAUAUACUUUAUAUGUGUUAUAUUUCUCAUCAUUUUAUAAAGUUAUUCUUCAUAUA